UUUUUCCAGAGCCAGACAGUAUUCGUCAUUUGAGCUUGAGGGGUGUUAUUGUUUCGUUAACUUCAACCUCAAUUUUGAUCUCAAAAACUUGUGUUGUGUAACUAGUCGUUUAUUUCGUUAUGUGAAUCAGAAAAUUUAAGUUAGUUUUCGAACCAUCAGUAUAAAAACGUUCGUUGUUUUCAUUAUAGGAACUAUUAUGAAUUAACUUAAUUUUUUUCGUUUGUAUACAAACUUCCAGCAAAUUUACAAAAAGCAAACUUUGAUGUAGUUAAAUUUGUUAUUUUUAUAAGGAUUAGUUUAGUACGAUGUGGGUUUAUGUUUUGAGCUAACUUAGUUAUAAUUUGCCUCGGGACAAAAAAUGUUACGGUUCUUAAGUAGAAAAAGGGGCAGAAAUGGCCAGAAAACAUCAACACAAAUUAAAUCAGGAAGUCAGAGGUUUACUUCUAAUAAGCAUCUUGUUCAAUGUAAGGUCAUUUUGUUGGAUGGGACAGAUUUAUCAGUUGAUUUGUCGAAAAAAGCAAUUGGAAGUGACUUGUAUGAGCAAGUCUUUUAUUCCUUGGAUCUUAUUGAGAAAGACUAUUUUGGUUUGCAGUACACGGAUGCCAACAAUGUCCAGCAUUGGUUGGAUCCAACAAAAGCUAUUAAGAAACAAGUUAAAAUUGGACCCCCCUACACUCUUAGGCUUAAGGUGAAGUUUUACUCUUCUGAGCCGAACAGUCUACGAGAGGAGCUCACCAGAUAUCAGUUUUUCUUACAACUGAAACUGGAUAUACUGGAAGGCCGACUUGAAUGUCCAGAAAAUACUGCUGUUGAAUUAGCCGCUUUAGCCCUGCAAUCUGAGCUGGGAGAUUAUGAGGAAGGAUAUCAUACUCCUGCUGUUAUCUCAGAGUUCCGUUUCGUACCCAAUCAGACUGAAGAUAUGGAAAUACUGAUACUUGAUGAAUUCAAGAAAUGCAGGGGUCUGACUCCAGCACAGGCAGAAAUGAACUAUUUGAACAAGGUCAAGUGGCUGGAAAUGUAUGGUGUUGAUAACCACAUUGUCUUGGGCAAAGAUGGCUGUGAAUAUUCCCUGGGGUUGACACCAACCGGAAUACUUGUUUUUGAGGGAACUCAGAAAAUUGGUUUGUUUUUUUGGCCCAAAAUUGGAAAGUUGGAUUUCAAGAAAAAGAAACUGACAUUGGUAGUUGUUGAAGAUGAUGACCAAGGGAGGGAACAAGAGCACACUUUUGUCUUCAGGCUUCACAAUGAGAAGGCUUGCAAACAUCUGUGGAAGUGUGCAGUUGAACACCAUGCAUUCUUCAGGCUGCGAGCUCCAGUCAAAGGCCCUUCUGCCAGACAGAACUUCUUCAGGAUGGGUUCAAGAUUUAGAUAUAGUGGAAAAACAGAGUUUCAGACAACUCAGCAAAACAGGGCCAGACGCACUGUGCAGUUUGAAAGGCGGCCCAGCCAACGCUAUGCUCGGCGGCAGUCACAUGUGCUACGCGAGAAACAAAGAGGUCACGUGGCAGUGCAGGAAAGCAGUGCCAAGAAACCAGAUGGACAAGGGUCAAGUACAGGAAGCACACAGAGUGAGGCAUCAGCGUCCUCUGCACCAACGACCCAGCCUGAGGCUGAUGAAUCUGUGUCGUUAACAGGCACUCUCAAGAAACAGAAGGGUUCAGUUACAGGAGUUGCAGAGGAACGUCUUGACUCUUUAUUGAAGAGUUUGGCUAAAGAAACAGUAUCUAAUCACAAUUUGGAAGAUAUUAAUGAUUCAAGCUCUACAUUGUCAAUUCUUAAUUCCAAGGCAGAUGAGGUGAAUGUGGAGGGAGAGUGCUCUUCUCGCUCGCCAAUUCCCAACAACAGAAAUGUUCAAACAGGUUCAGGCCCUCGACCAAUUCCACUCGAUCAGCUUAAGUGCAAUAUUUUGAAAGCUAAAGUAGAAGAAGAAUUAAGAAAGUCACCUCUUCCUAUUUCUGUGGACACAUUCGAAAGGAACAAGAUGUCCAACGUUACAGAUUCUGUUAUUUUGGACGGGGAAGUUGCACAUUUGAGUAAGAAAAAUCACCUAUUCGGGAAAGAACAAGCUACAUUUGUUUCAGUUGGAGGAGACAAACUAACCUUGUCACUUAGUGGGGCAGACGUGGAUAAAACCGAAGUGUUGGAAGAAAAUACUGGGAAGGAUGGCCGGUCUCCGACCCCCGUGACAGUGACUCACUUCUCGUGGGGUGAGGCAGGCAAGCUAGAACAGCGAGUCAUCUCCCCUUCCGCUCGCUCCCCCACUCCCUUCAUGUCACUCUCCGUAGCUCCAGUUGAAACCUUGGUCUCUACCAACCCGUUUGUUACCACAGAGACCAAGUGCACCACUAAUCCAUUUCUGGCUUAUCCGAAUUCCAAUCCCUUUGUCGACAUGAGUUCUGAGGAGGUGAAGAGUUCUGAUGUUACCAAUGAGGCCGACAAUAAUGUGGAACUUAUUACAAAUGGCAUUACAAAAGUCCCCUCCUCCCCAGUUGAUCCGUGUCCUGUCAUUAUACCAGCAAGUUCAACUCCCCAGACAGAGAAAGUACUUGAACCAGUGAUCAGGGACAAUAAAGCAGUUCCCACUCUGAAUCAGCUGUCGCCGUGGCUGGUGGCCUCGGAGCCCUCCACUCCUCCAAUGAUGAGCAAGUCCAAGCAGGAAGUGAUCACUCGCAAGACCGUUAUUACCACUCAGCUCUGAUCAGUGCCUUUCUUUACUUAUUCUUUCAUACUUAUUACUCUCUUCAUAUCAAUACAUUUCUGUAUUUCUUUAUUCACAUUAAAUUAAUUUAGAAUAUAAACUAUUAAUCUUAUUAAGAGUACAAUAAAUAUAUUGAUUCAGUCAUUCAUUUAAGUUUACAGACUAUUUAAAUUUAUCAAAAUAAUUUUAUAAUAUUACUGACUUAUGGAUGUAAUUUUAUUUAUUUUAAUAAAUAUUUAUGUCUGUCAGAAAGAUUUCUAAGGUGUGGUUUUCUGUAUUAAUUUUAUAACAUGUAUAUUUCUUGGCCAAUUUUGAACUUUGUAAAUAUAUUUUCAGGCUAGUGACAUAACUGUAAAAUCAAAUUAUUCCCUGAGAAUAUAAGGGCUUGGUUAUGAAACAAAUUAUAUUUAUUAUUAUUUAAUAGUGUUUAAGUGUUUUACUGUUGCUAUGGCUGUACAGAAUGUUUGGGUGCAGAUGUCACCCACACUGCUUGGUGGCUAGGGAUGGGGUUGGAGUACCAUUAACAAGUUUACAUUAGCGAUAGUUUCCUACAUAUUCUUGUUAUGUACAACUUAUUAGUAUUAUAAAGCAUUUUAUAUUGUGUUUUCUCAUAUUAUGUUUUUCUUCAAUAAGUUUAAAGCUUUAGUUAUGUUUUGACCUUGUUAAUUAGUUGACAGCUAAGACUAUGCAUGGUCUUCCUAUUUUACUUACUAAUGCAUAGAUUAUUACAGUAUUGUAUUUGUUAUUAUAAUGUGUGUGUUUGAGAGUGUGUACUUAAUAGUAAAUGAACAUGACACUGCUUUUGUUUUGAAGAGCACUUUACUUAAUGUUUUCAAAUUACCAGAAACUUUUCAAGGAUUAUCGAUGUAGAAAAGAGGAAGUGAUUUUAAAGAACCACAGGAGACAAUAAGUUGCUCAAUUUUACUACUACUGCCAAGUACUCUAAUAAACUUAGCUGAUUUUAUAAUCUAGUAAGUUUGAUAUCUCAGACUUUAAAGUAACAAUACAUUUUUCCAUUGAUGUAACUAACUGUAUUGUAAUAAUUAGUAAGCUAUUGCUUUUUUUUAUGUAAACAACAAACUGUAACUUCAAAGUGUUUUAAAAAUCAUUUGAUCAAUAUUGCUUGAUUAUCAAUAGUGCGUGUUAAUUAUUGUAAAGAUGCGUAAUAAUGCAUUAUCUUAAUAUCUCAAUACGGAAUCAAUAGUUCUCAUAAAUUUUACUAUACAUUUCAAUGUUUAUUAAAAACUUACAAUAUAUUCUAUUUCUAUUUUAUCAGUUGUUUCUAAAGAUCAUAAUAAUUAUUAUUGAAUUAACUUGCCACAAAUAAACCAUAACACUUGCCAUUUCAUUAUUUAUUGUAACAUCAAAGUGGUCCAUACUAUGAAGUUAUAAAAUAAUAAUUGUUCCGAUUGCUAAAGGAUAACAGGUUUUCAUAUGUGUGUCAUCGUUAUAUACUAUUGUAAUGUAUUUUAAUUAAUUAUAAUUUUUAUAUAUGUUAAACUUAUGCCUUAAGCUUUUUUGAUUCCCGAAUAAGAGGAUGAGUUCCAUCAUCAAAAUGUAAUGUUAUGUUUUUGUAGUGUAUAACAAUGGCAGAUAUCUUAAAUCAUCUAUUGUCAAAAUAAUAAACUCUUAUCAAUCAUAGAUAAAAUUAUAAAUAAUUACUGAUACCGUUACAAAAUCAUUAUUAAGACAUUUUAUUAGUUCUAAGCUCGAACAAUAAAGAAAAUAUUUGGGUCUUUCUUUAGUUUAAUCAAAUUAAAAUAUUUUUUUUUACUUGUAAUUACUUUUUACUAUUCUGAUUAUAAAUAAAUAGUUUUCCUAAUAUAAGUGACCUUAUACAUAUUACUGUGCCCAUAUACUUAGUAUGUGUUGAUGCAUUGUAGUUUUAACUAUUGAAACCUAGGUGUUACUUCUUCAAAUAUUUGAAAGAUUUAAAUGUUAUAGCAAUAAUAACUUUAAUAUUAAUAUUGGUUUGGAGUUGUCAUAGAUUAUAGGUUUUAUGCAGUAACUUUUUUUCUUGAGUCUUAUUUUCUUUCAAAUAUUGAAUAGUUUAGAAUAAUAUUGGAAUAACAUAUUUCAUGAAUUAAUAUUUUUUUAGUUUGUAAACAUGAAACCAAUCAAGCAUACUAAAACUGUUUUGCCAUUAGUUAAAAGUCCUAAAUUGUAAUUAUUAUCUGAAUUAAUACUUGAAUUUAUAAAAUAAAAAGAGUUCAGACUUGAUGAUAUAAAUUUGUAAUGUUAUUUUUCAAAUUUGUACUUUAAAAAUGUAGUGUGAUUUUAAGUUUGACAAACAAAACAAAUUAAAGUCAAUUAUGUUUUGUACGGUAACCAAUGUUUUUCAAAGUAAAACUUUUUAAAUAAUCUUAGUGCCUUUUAGAUAGUGCCAUUACUAUGAAAUUAUUAGAAAACUGUAUUAAGCAGAAUAAUAACCAUGAGUAUUAUAAAAGACAGAUCUUUUGUAAAAGACAAAUGCAUUUUAUAGUUAAGAAUAAUAAGACAACAAUUUAGUUAAAAAGAAAACAGUGUAUCAAUGUACUAGGUUUUAUAUAUUUUUACAUUAUUAGUAAUUACAUCUUAGAAUAUAAUAGACUUCUUCUUUCACACAUUCUACUUAAAAAUGCAAAUGCGCUACUUAUAUGUUUAUAUAAAUCUUUUAAUUAUCUUAAUUUACAACAAAAUAUUUACUUUUUAACAAAUUCACUCCCAGAGCUUCCACAUGCUGGGUCUUCCGAGGAGCCCAAGACUAGACAUUGUGCCUCUUGGGAGCCGAAGUGUUAACAUCAUAUACUAUUGUUAGUGUAUAUCAAUAGUUAAACAUUUACUCAUUUAUUACACAAUUUGAGUAAAAGGAAUAUAAUAUAAUUCGUUAAGUGCAACUUCUCAAUAAAAAUGUAUUCCGUAUCAAAGCUUAGCUUUAUUGUAAUGAGAUAAUGGUUUUAGACUAUACUAAAAACCAAAACUAAAUGGUAUGGUCUAUACUAUCUCCAAACAAAUUACAUUAUCUACUUUUUCAAUAAAUUAUAAUAGCAACCAAGAUCAAACUGAUUGAAUUGUGUUAAACUUUAAAUUAUAAGUUGAAAUUGUAUUUAGUUAAGGUUUAUAAUUAAAUACAAAAUAAAACAUUGUCAACUCCUGAUUAUUUAGGAAUAGAUUAUUAGUAUUUGAAAUCAAUCACAUUUGGUUUGUAAAAUUAAGAUUAGUAAUGAAAUUCAUCCUGAGAAGUAUUUGUAUAUGUGAGCUUUAAAGCUCAAACUGUUACAUUACCAGAAACUAGACAUUCUGUAUCCCAAGCUGAACAUAGUAGAAACAAAUCAACCCAGUGUACAAUGAUGCCACAGCUGGAUGCUAUAUUACUGUGAGGACGGUCCAUCAUCAAGAGGUGACAAUACCUUUGUCCAUCAUCUAUAUCUGAAAUUAGGAAUCAAAUGUGGAUAGCAAUUUAUGAGGUUCGUUCUGAAAGCAAGUUGCUUUAUCAAUUACAAAAUACACAUUAAUUUAAUUUUGUUUUAUACUUUUGAAAGAACAACUCCUAAACUGUUUGUCAACAUACAGUAUUUAACAUUCACAUCUAAGCACCUACCAUAUCUAGGUACAAGCUUUUAAACACCUAUUAAAUAAAAAUCUGCCACCUGUGCAUGUAACCAGUCUUGACGGUAACUUUAAACACUGCAUCGUCCUUGAAACGCUUUAUCUGAGCAAUUUCUUUAUGUUGGGGAACUCAUUGAAAUCACUAGGGCCAAAUUGGAUCUGUAUAGUGGAUAGUCCCAGCCAACAUUUGGCUACAUUUUGCAGAUAUUAAAGUUUCUCAGUCACAAUUUUGUAUACUAGAGUUCUUUAUAUAUGCAUUAAAUGGUGUGAAAGAUAUGUGGUAAUGAACCUUCGAUUUUUCCCUCAUCUUAAGUAGGAUUCAACCAGGUCAUCAGUAAUGGACCUGAUGACCAGGUUGAAUAGGACUACAAUAAUUGUGGACUACACAGCAGUGGUGGUGGGUGGUAUCCAAGAUGGCUAGUGAUGCCAGUUAAGUCCCAUAAGCACUAUGUAAUCAUCAUACAGAUUGUCACACGAUUCUGAAAUCUGUGUGAUGAUGGAAUUGUGUGCAGGGGAUUGUAGAGGUUUAUCAUUUUUACUGCCGCACUUCAGUUGAUAAGAUCAUUAUUUAACAGUACUGCUGGGCCAAGCUGACUGAAAUAAAUGUGUUACUUUCAAGUUGAUCUAUUGACUUGUUACUGCAUAAAGGAACUGUACCGUCAGCAUAAAUAACAGGAUAGCUAUGGUGAUGAGACAGGUCUGAUAUAAAUAAAAGAAAUAGUUCUAGGUCCAUUACAGAGCCUUGGAGCACUCCUCUUUUUAUUGGUAAUAGAACCGAUGUUUAUUAAUUAGUGUAUUACGGUUUAAUUAUAAUUUACAGUAAUUAUCCAGUAGGAUAAUUAUUGAACCACAAAAAUGAACCUGUUUUUAAUUCCAGCAGUAAUACUAGUACAAUCUGCCUUUUUUGCCGUAUAUUGAGCAGUUUCUAUUUUUUUUAAACGUUUUUCUAAAAAUACUUUAGUUCAUUGUUUUUAUUUUUUUUCUUUUGAACUUUUUUUAAUAAAUUUUAGGUAAAUUAUUAAAUUUUUAAUAUUACAAGGGAUCCCCAGUAAUUUAACAAGACAUUUUGAAAUAUAAAGUCAAGUAAAUUUAAAAUAAUCAAGUUUAGCUGUAUACAUUUGAAAGAUACGUUUUUAGGUAUAUAUUUACACACUAGCAAUUCAAAUUAAGGCACAUCAUACCAAAAUACAAGUUUUCAAUACCGUCUCUUAGAAAUCUACCAACUAUGAUUCUAACUAUUGGUUUAUAUCGGCAUGCAGUAGUACCAAAAUUUGUGGUAACUUAGGUUUCCACCACAAUUUCACGCACUCUGUAAGUUAAGGAAAAUGUUUUAAAAGUUUUGUAAUCACUAAACAAUGAUUUUCACUAAUAUUUUUAUUAAUUUUCAUUACCACUUUUCAGCCACAAGAUUAGGCCACCGCUUCGGUCCUCAUCAAGAACAUUGGUACAGCAAAUUUUUAAAUAAUUUAUUUUACUUACCGUACACUCAUUUUAAUUUUCUGUACACAUCAUAAAGUUUGCAUUAAAUUUCAAUAUACCUUUUUUCUAUCCUAACAGCCAACAAAAAUUUCACAGAAUGCACCUUAACUGAGUAAAUUCAUUCAUUUAUCUCGCAAGUGGUAAGACUAGUGUAGCACACAUUUAAGUAAAGUAGGAAGAGCACAGUCUGCAAGCCUACCAUAGCUGCAUGAGUACUGAUGGAACAUUUUGGCAUUUAUUGUUCAAGCCCCACGCAUUGCAGUAAUAGGCCAAAAUGUCUCUACAUUGAAAAUUAAACUCAAAAUUAAGUGGAAACAUUUUAUCAGAUUAUAUAUCAGCUGUUUGAUCAACUAUUUUCUAUGAACUCGAUUUAUGUCAAAUUUCACCAUUUGUAUCCCUUAGCAAUGGUUAAUUUCUAAUCAAUAUUUUGUCCAGUGUGAAUGACUUGGGUCAACUGUGGGUUUUCUUUUUUAUGGAUAUCUCCUUAUUAACUGUGAAUAAUCAGGAAUUGACUUGAAAUAGAUAUAAGAAUAUUUGUUCACAUUUUGUCUUUUGUUAUUUAUUUCUUUAUUAAAAUAAUUGACUUAUCUUUACAGUAUUAUAAAUUUUGUUUCUCCUGUAAUGAAGUAUGGUAUGUCAUUUUUGUAUAAGAAAUGCAACAAGGUAAUACUGCUGAUUAUUCCAGGUUUAAUUUGAGUCCUAAUGUUAAUUUAGAACCAUGACCUUGAAGGUUUAAUAAUUUUUUUGCUAGUUUUAUUAUUUGAAUUAAGAAGUGAUACAGCCUAACAAUAUCAUCAAAAUUAAUGUCUUCGAGAUUAUUAGUUCUGUAGGACUUAGAAGAUUUCUUCAAGAAAUGUAAAAUUUUUAAAGAAACGACAUUGAUUGACGAACCACCAAUGAUUACUUGCGUGUUAAUGAUUUGAAACAAUUGUUACUUUAUAACAAUUUUAUAUAUUAUAUAUUACGCAUAGUUACGGUUUCUUCUGUGAUAAAAAGUUUCUUAACAUAUUAGUGUGACUGUUCAGAGCUUUGAAGACUCAAUUUAUAAUAAGAAAGACAGAUUUUGCCUACUUACUAAUCUUGUGGAGAAAACUUUAGGAAGUGCAGAGCAAACGAUUCAGUAUUUAUUGUCACAGUAUUGCUGAUCUGGCAUAUUAUUGAUACACUCAUUUAUGUAAUAGAAGUAACAAGGAAAUGGAUCAGGGAUAAAAUGUUUUUUAUAUUAACAAUAGUUAAAAAAAACUAUAUAGAUUAAAAUUAAAGUUAUACAUUGUCUUAUUAUAUUUCGUUUUUAUUGAAUUUAAAUAAAUUAAAUUACAUAAUUAUUUGAACAAAGCUUUUAUAGAUCAACCUAUUUAAAUAGAGCUGCAUUGUACCUGCUACUGAAUAUUUUAUUGUUUUCAAUUGGUUUUAUUAAUAUGCUAAGUCUUCAUACUAAUUUAUAAAAAGACUGUCAAAAACAGUUAUUCUGUGAUAAACAACAUUCCAGCAAAGGAAAAUUAGAAGUGCCAUAUAAACACUCUCCUUUGUAUGCAUUCACUGUAUUACACUUCCAGCGAGUUCUUUAACAUUCAUUCUGCUUAUUCCGUCCUUAUUUAUUGUAUUGUUGCUAUCAAAUACAUUCUGAAAAUAUAUAUUUUAUUUCUUA